CGGAGCCGCGGCUGCAGGGCUCUUUGAUUAAAGUCGCAGCAUUCUUGUUGAAGCAAUCGAGCGAAAUGGAAAAGGAUGAAGAUGGAGAAGAAAGUGAGAACCAGCAGCAUAAGCAAACCAAGUUGAGGAUGCUCAUUUCAUGGCUUCCAUUGCUAUGCAGAGGCAGCAACGGCACCGAUGCUCCGGUCCUGAGCCUCGGGGAACGGUGUGAGGUGGAGUUGGUGUUGGAGGAGAUGAUAGGGACACUGCAACAAGACGAACAAGAGCAGGUUUUGGCUCUGUGGCUCCAUCAUUUCACUUACUCCUCCUCCUCCGACUGGCCGAACCUCCACGCCUCGUAUGCGCGGUGGUAUGGCGCCUCCCGUAAGCUCUUGAUCCACCAGGAUCAUUAAUAGUGUAACUUAAAAACAAUAACCUUGUUAGAAAUAUGCUGUUAAUUAACACCAUACACUAUUAGAAGUUCAAAAUAUUGUAAUCAUUUUUCUGUUGCUAUUUGAAAGCCCUAUUGUAUUCUACUUGUUGGUAAAUGUGGGAAAUGUGAAGGUUGGAAAUAGUGAGUUUUAUUGUAUAAAAGAAUUCUCACUCAAUGAUUAUUAGUCAAAUUGAUUUUA